GUUGCUAUACGUAGAAUAUUUGAGUUGAAAUAUUUGAAUAGCAACACUCACGUAACUUUAAAGAUAAAAAAAGAAAUUUGGUCUGAGUAAAACUUUAGUUUACUUCAACCUCUCACAUCCAAACCUUAACCCUAUUCUUGUAUUGACACGUGUUUUAUGCAAAUAAAAGAGGUAUGGUAAAAAAUUAAUAAAUAAAUAAAUAUUUUUUAAAAAGCGGUAUGGUCGAGUCCGGAAGACCUUGAAGGCAGCAUCUAAACGGAAGUGACGUACGUGGUUGUCAAGGAAGCGAUUCAUGUUUACGGAAUCUCUUUUUUACAAAAACGGUAGUCCACGUUAUCUCAUUUUGUCUGUAUAGUUGUUCUGUUUUUCUGUAUUUAAGUGAAGAGGAGUCUUUUUAAAACAGAAUCCAGGCAACUAAACAAAGACGUGUAUUUGCUCUUGGAAGGAAAACGAAAAGUUUCGGAAGCUAAUGAUGGAAAGCGUUCCUCCUACUGGAUCAUUUAUAGUACCUGACUGGCAUCGAUGUAAAGAAAGCAAGGAAUAUUUCAACAAAAUAUUGCACAAGAAGAAACAAAGACAGUUUGGUCUGUUGGAGUCUCCCAUGAUGCCCCCGCAUGCAGCAGUGGACACAGUUCAUUAUAAGAUUUUCAUCUCCGGUAAGAGCGGAGUCGGGAAAACUACUCUUGCUGCCCGCCUCGCUGGCUUGAAUAUUCCCAAAAUGCACCAUGAAACUACAGUUGGAGGUAUUCAGACCACGGUGGUUUACUGGCCUGUGAAGCUGAGAGAAAAUGGCAGAGUGCUUUUCUUUCGUCUGCAGCUGUGGGACUGCGGAGAGAACGCCUUACGCAGAUUUGAUCAUUUGCUCCCGUCCUGUCAGGAACAGGUGGAUGCCGUUCUGUUUCUUUUCUCCUUCACUGACAGGACUUCCUUUGAAGAUUUGUCCAAUCAGAUUCUUAAAUGGACUGAACAGUCUGAUGGCUGUCUUGUCAAAGUGGUGGUUGGCACAAAGUUUGACCUCUUCAUGCACUGUGAUGUAGCAGAGAGAGACCUCAGAAAAUUCCAGGAGACCUGGAGGAUACCUGUUCUCCGUUCGGGGGGAGAAGUCAGCGACGGGCUGGGUGACGUAGCCCUGAUUCUCAACUGCCUCGCUGAGAAUCUGUGGCAUCAGGACUGUGUUAAAGCAAGAGCAGUCAGUCAGCAUCCGCAACAUGAGGCAGGAGCUCUCAUUUAAGGCUCAGGUCAAAGCCUUUUCAGUACAAGACAGAACUUAAAGUGGCAGCUACCAUCUUAUUAGACACAGUUAUGACAAGAAGUGUCAAGAGAGGAUUUCUAUGACCUGACAUAUAUAAUGGAUCUUUUUAGAAAAAAGUUACAAGCUCAUAUUUUUAUAUAUGAACCAUUUCUGUAGAUUCUUCCUCUGUAUUUUAUGCCAAGAUGAUUAAGUAGUCCAUGAACCUUUUAGGUUUUCGCUAAUCUGAGUUCAGCUAGUGGGAAAACUAGCAUAACUGCAUGCAAUAACUUGUUGGAAUGCAUCUUAAGGAAACCUGUCUCACAAUUUGAUAAAUCAGUCAGCUAUGUUCUAUACAUAACUACAAUGCAAAAUCAACUGAAGCUUCAAUAGGGAAACCAUUUGAAAAGAAUGUCACUUAGCAUUAAUACCAGUUUAUUGCCAUAGAUCACAGCUUGACUUAAAGAUGCAUGAAUCAGAAUUUCAGGUACCAUCUUGCAAACGUUCAGUGUCAAGUUCUCAUUUACUGAACUGUAACUUUGUUUACCAACUUAAAAAUUGACCAUGAAGUAUUUUGGGCUUUAUAAGAUUAAUAAUUUUUUUUGCAGAUAUAGCCUUUGUCUUCAAUGUUAAUGCAGCUAAAUUUAAGAUUGUGUUUCAUGUGAAUUUUGAAAAGAAUAUUAAAGUCUUUGUAGAGGCCAAGCCAAUGCAUUAAGCCACUGAGGCGCAUUAAUAGUUGACGCGCUGCUUGCUGUCUUGUCAGAAGAAUUAUAGAGUCCACACUGCUGAUUGUGCAGAUCAUCCAUUUUAUUUUCUUACAUUUAUUCCAUUUCCACUCUUGACAUAUUUCCAUUAUUUCCAUACGUCCGUUGACAGCCUAAUACUUCAGUAAUCAAAAACUGUUUAGUCCUUCUGGGUGAACACCCGUCUCAUAAACAAAAGGUUCCGUACUUCUAGACAGAUUAACCAAAAAUGUAAUCACCCUGCUCCUAUAGUGUUGACAGGAUAGGUUGUAUUCAAGAAUCAAAAACUGAUUUUGAACAGUCAGCCCUCUCAGAAAGGCAUGAUUAACCUACCUGCAGUAUUUAAACCUACAUUUCUAAGAGAUAAAAAUAGGUUUUAAGUUGAUAAAUAGAUCAAUUAGCACAUUUCACCAAUGAUUUUAACGUUUUAUUUUAUUUAGAAUUUACACAUUAUGUAGACCACAUCCGAUUAUGCUCAAUGUUUUCCAUGUUUGGCCCCAAGUCAAAAUAAAAAUUCACUUUUAUCCCUCUGAUCAAUCGUAAAGUCUCUCCUCAGCCCUGAAGAGAUUAGGCUGUUCCAUCCAAUCGCUACAGCUUAAAGAGGCAGUUGCAACCCCCUGACAAAAGUACAUACUGUGUAUGUAUAUUGCAUUUAUGUAGUCCAUUUAUGGGGCCUCCUGCAUGUGGCUCAGUUUUUAAAAAGAAGCGAAAGUUGCUCAGUUAUGUCAUCCAGGUUGGUUUUGUAGCUGCUGCAAGUUAUGAUUCAACCAAGGGGAGACUUGUGACUUUUAACAUCUGCGGUACAAGUUGUUUUACCACAGGAUGAUUUUUUUUAUUGAACCGCUAUACAAUUUCAGACUGAUUAUAAAAAUCUUUAUUCAUAAAACAUAUUGCUUAAAUUAAGAAAAAUUGUGAAACCCUUUGAACUUCCUUCAACAUUUUGGAACAUUUCUACAAAAGUGCCAAGAACUGAUAAUUUAGGUGCACCCAGGUGUGAAGAAUUUAACAUGAAAUGAGGGAUAAAACUCUAAAAUACAAAAAAGAUGCAACUUUUCAUUUAGAAACAGCCAUUACUUCUUAGAAAGGGCCUUUAUCCAUUCCUCCUUAUCGAAGCUGCAAAAAAGUAUAAAAGAUUUACUGCCAGUUAUGAUACAUAAAUUAAAAACUUUUUUCCCCAUUUUACCU